GACGUGGAGGUUUUCUUGAUCCGUUGCCAGGGCGCGAGGUUACGACAGGCAUUUGGGCCCCUCCCCUCUUUCUUGUCGCACGGCAACGCAAACCGCCUCUUCACCCAACAAAGUCUUGGAAGGAGGCAGGCGGGGCCGGGAGGAGUCUGCAGCUGUUGGGAUGGGGGAACCUGUAUGAAGGAGCCGAUCCUUGCGGAGACAAGCCAGGAGUCACAGCAGGAUUAUGCCCUCCAGGGCAAGAGGAAGAGACUGCCGCUAUAGCUGCUAUAGUCUUGGACCUGAUCCUAGACCCAACCUGGGAGCUUCAAAAUUGGGACUCCUUGCUGAGAAAGAUGUAUAAGGUAGACCCACCACCAGAUCCCAAGGAGGUGGCAGCCAUUGAGGCUAGAAGAAAUCAAGAAAAGGAGCAACAGAGCCAAUUCUUCAAUGUGUGGACCAGAGGAAUGCGGGUGGAUGCUGAAGCCCUGAACAGCCAGGCGGAAGAGAAAAAGCUUCGGAAGGCAAAAAAGCAGAGCAAGGUGGCAGCUUAUGGUACCGACCAGGUGCAGUAUGAUAUGGAACAGGCAGAACGGACACAUCGGCUGGACAAGAAAGUGCAAGAGUUUUGGAAGCAGAAGCAGCAGCUCAAGAAAAGGCGUGAACUUGACCUUUGGGAUUCAGACCCACUCCGGGGGGAGUUUCCAGCUCAUCUUGGUGACAAUGAUCCCUACUGGGGCCCAGCCAGCCUGCAGUGCUUCUCUUGGGAAGAUUUGGACAGGGCCACAUGCCUGAGAAUGCAGCAGGAGGAGUUCAUGCACAGCCUGGAGAGGCCACUGCAAGAGCAACAGCAACAGCAAGCCAGAGUUGAGGAGAACUGUGCAGAUACGCUCAGUGAACAGCUGCGCCUAGCCAUGGACUUGCGGGCCACCCAGCUGGCCAAGCUGGAGGAGUGCUGCCACAAGGCCAUAAUGUCUGCCAAGGCCAACGCCAACAAGGCCCAGGAAGACUUCCCUCUGGGCCUCCUAAAUGUUGACCACCGCCACACUCAUGGUCACUACACCAUGUUCAUGAAAGGAUUUAAUACCAGAUUCACAAUCUUUCUGACAACAUGAAGCCCCCCAGCAGUCUAUAGCACUCUUCACUGAGCCCAAUAUGCUCCAACCACAGUGCCCUCUUUGUGUUCAUCUUUGUUUUGUUUUGUUUUUUAAUUUUUAUUGGAGUAUAGUUGAUUUACAAUGUUGUGUUAGUUUCAGGUGUACAGCAAAGUGAAUCAGUUAUACAUAUACAUAUAUCUACUGUUUUUUAAGAUUCUUUUCCCAUAUUGGCCAUUACAGAGUAUUGAGUAGAGUUCCCUGUGCUAUACAGUAGGUUCUUAUUAGUUAUCUAUUUUAUAUAUAGUAGUGUGUAUAUGUUAACCCCAAUCUCCCAAUUUAUCCCUCCCCCCUGUGUUAUCUUUGAAUUAGCUAUUCCCUCUGUUUGGAAUGCUCUCCCCCUGAUCUUUGCAUGACUGUAUUUGUUGCUGUUGUUGUUGUUGUUGUUUGGUCAUUCAGAACUAAGCUUAAAUGUCAUCUCCCCUCCCGGAACUCUCAAGCUGUAAGCCACCUAGUUACUAUCCCAUUGGCUUGGAAGAUGUCAUCAAGAGGACGUGACCUCUGGUUGACCACAGAGCUGGACCCAGGCAUUGGGAGACUCCUUACCCCCUCCUCUGUCCUUGGAAUAUAUCCACCGUUCCCACAGGUGGAGCUGUUUUAAGGAUGCAGCCUUGAAAGAGUAAGGUGUUGAGACCAUCUGGACUGAAUACAUGACUGAACCCUCUUAACGCCUCUAUAUAAACCUUUAAGAUUCUGGCAGGUGGGUGCGGACAUCUACUC